GCGCUAGUUUUUUUAGGACUAUCAGCUGUCUCGUGUGGUUUAAGUUCGAUCGUGUCCAGGGCAGGUUUCUCCGUAAUCUUCUUGGAACUAGACGUCAGGUCGCCCGUCCCUUCACCAAGCCAUUUUCUACCUGGCCAGCGGUAUUGAUCACCACCAACCAUGGUCGGAGCACUGAUUGUAGCCAUUCUAGUGACAGGGAUACUGGCAGAUCAUGAGAGACGAGUUGUAAAGCUAGCAAAUCGAUGGCCAAGAGGGGAGGUUCCCUAUCGAUUCAGUAGUGAGAUAAACGAAACAGGCGUAUGGGGGACCACGAUCAAAGCGGCUAUUACGGAGAUCGAGGAAAUCGUCAAUACCAACGUGACGGUAGGCAAUGAACCCUGCCUGAGGUUCUGGCAGUCUCCAGACUCGGAGCCCGUUAAGUCCUAUCUCUACUUCCACAUCGGUGUCGACGGAGUAUGUGGUACCGAUCACGGCAUGAUGCCUGGAAGACAUUUUGUAUUCCUGGACGACCCCUGUCGACACAAGUCUGGCGUCAUGAGAAUGAUUCUUAUUGCACUGGGUCUACAGUAUGAGCACGGACGUCCGGACAGAGACAGCUACGUUACAGUCCACACCGAUAAUGUCCGCAAAGAAUACAGGGCAAUGUAUGACAAGUUCAAUUCUUCCGACAUGGAUGUUCUAGGUCUUCCUUACGAUUUUGAAUCCUUGACCCAUUUCUCCGUAUAUGAGAACGCUAACAAUAGCUUGCAUCCGACAAUGACGUCAAAUUGGACUGAUUCUUCUCUCGGAAACAAGGAUAGGAUGAGUAACACUGACGUAAAGAAACUACAGAUCGCCUAUGGUUGUGUAAACGAUACCACAAAACUCCUCAAUAGAUAUCAUGACGUUGUCGGUUGUUCCUUCCAACGUUCUUCCUGUCAGCUGACAAACUACGUGCAGUAUGAUUAUCAUAACAAUCAAUACCAAAAUCAGUGGCACACACGAGUGGGAGCAAUGCCGUACAACGGACCAACAGGGGAUAACUCGAAUGGACGGGGUACAUACCAGUAUACAUCAUUGAGUGACGCCUGGCUGAAAACCGGCUCCUAUAUACCCCCGGGCACGUACUGUAUCCAUCUUCACUACUGUAUCGCAACCCGGGGAAACUCUUCCUUCUCUCGUGUUCAACUGAAGACACGCCACAACAAUGUGGUAUUUGCUGAAGGACAUUACGUCAGCAAGGCAUGGACUCCACUUAACGUGACCCACACGGAAACGUCACAAUGGCAGUUAUGGAUCGGGUCAGUUAUAUCCAAUAGCGACCCCCUGGCCGUUGACGAUGUGUUUGUCACCUCGAACGCCUGUCCGUCUAUAUAAACACCAGGACACAGUCCACGUGAUACAUUGAAAACGUUUGUCGAAUAGUUGAUUGUGACUAAUUCAACAAGGUAAUAAACACUUAAACGUU